UGAUGCGCGCUGAGAAUUUGUUCUUGUUUAGUGUGAAUCUCCACCCCUUUAGCCGAUGAUUGCUCGCUUCGCUCGCAAUCACGCGCCUAUCGCACGAUUGGCCAACAUUUUCCGGAAAACCGCAAAAACUCCCACGCACGCCAUGAUAAAAUGGAGACAUGCGGGCAAGGGGCAGCGAUCGCCUCCCUUCCCACCCUUCGUCCCCACCGAUGAUGCUUUCUGCUGUGCUCGCCGCUGCCGCGCUGCUCUCGGGCGUCUCCGCCCAGCUGACCAUCAACACCCCGACCACGGGUGGUGUCCCUGGAACGCCUGAGUGUGUGCCGUUGUUGAUCCAGUGGUCCGGAGGAACCCCCCCAUACUUCGUCACGUGAGUCGCUGGCCACGUCAGCCGCUUCUGCCCCUGCGUAUGCUUAAGACGCGAUAGCCUGAACUCGGUUCCCCCCGCUG